AGAGUGUCAACCACCAGAAACCUUUAUUGUCCGAAGAGGGCCGUACAGGGGCCGGAUCGUCAACAAUGGAUAACCCAAAUUCGCUAUCAUUUUGCUAUCAUUUUUCUAUCCGAUUAGCUCCUUUAACAGGGAGAAAAUCUGAUUAAAAGAACGGAGUACUUCUGGGAAGGGAGGAGUCAAUGAUCUUUGUAUCAGUUUGUACAAUCCAUUUCCAAAUUCCAACCGGUCGCCUGAUCGCCAUGGCGGAGGAGAUGCCGCCGCCGCCGCCGCCGCCGCCGCAAGCUCAGCCAAGUUUCAAGCUUUUCGGCACAGUGAUAGGAAAGAGGGACAGAGAAGUCAGCCAGCAGCAACAGGAAGAGGCGGAGGAGGAAGAGGAAGGGGCGCAUACGGCGACAGGGACGGCGGCGUUGGUCGCAGCAGUGUCGGCGAGGGAGGAGGCGCUGCCGUGCCCGCGGUGCAAGAGCCGGGAGACCAAGUUCUGCUACUUCAACAACUACAACGUGAACCAGCCGCGACACUUCUGCAAGGCCUGCCACCGCUACUGGACCGCCGGCGGCGCCCUCCGCAACGUCCCCGUCGGCGCUGGCCGCCGCAGGGGACGCCCCAUCCACCGCUCCUCCAUGGCCGCCGCAUCCGGGCGCGUAGGAGUCGCCGCCGAGAGGUGGAUCCUGCGGCAGGACGCGCCGGCCAGGAUUGGUCGCGGGAUCGACGGCGCCGCUCUCCGUUGACUUGUACUCUUGUUAGAUCUGGUCCCUACUCGUGUCUGCGUUCGUGACCCAAAUUAUAUAACUCUCCCCUCCUUUUUUUUUCA